AUGUCGCAACCAUUCCCUCAGCCCUCCUUUCUCGCCCUUCCAACCUUCGCCCAGGCUCCAUCUAUCGCUGGUGGCACCGCCGCGAGCUCAUCCUCAUCUAAGGGCCUGCACCUACCCAGCGGUGCCGCAGCCCCGCGGAAACGGAAGCCCUAUCCUAACGCUAAAUCCGGACCGCAGGGCAAGCGGAAAAAGUCGGGCGUAAAUGACAGUAGGGAGCUGGAUGAGCGGGACGACGUGGAUGAGGCGGAUCUGGUAGGAGCAGCAGAAACGGCGGAAGGGGGCCGGGGUAUGAGGGAGAUGGACGAGAAUUAUGAUGAGGUGGAAGAGGACGAGGGGGACGAGGAGGUUUUGCAGGUUGAUGACGGAGCGGGAGUCAUUGCGGGAGCGGUCGAUAGCGGGGUGGCAGCAGCAGGAGCGGGUAGGGCUGGAGCUGCGGGAAGGGCAGGGAGAGGAGGUAAGAAGGGGGCAUUGGUGGAUGUUGAUCUGGAGGCUGUGAAGGCUAGGGGGAAGGCGAUGAAGGGAGAUCAAAUGGCUCUGAGAGACGUCCUGGAUCCAGAAGCUGCAAAGCGUUUCGACGCGUUCACCUCGGUCGUCAUCCCCGUCAAAGCUAUCAAGAAGCUCAACAGGGAGAUGUAUGAUCAGACGGCAGAUCCUACACUGCGGUACAUGGGUGGUCUAGCCAAGAUCUUUGUCGCCGAAGUGGUCGAGAUUGCGAAAGACCUUCAGCCGCGCUCAGAUCACCCGACCGGUCCGCUCAAACCAUAUCAUCUCAAGCUUGCCCGACAGGUCCUAGAGGAGCGAGGAAUGCUCGAAUCUUCGACGAGCCGGGAUAGUGCGGUCCUUAGACCCAGAAAGUCGUUGUUUAGGCGAUGA